AUGCGUUUCCAAGCUACCGUUCUCGCCGUUGCGGCCACCUUCGCUUUCGCCAGCGCCCAGGACCUCUCCGCUGUCCCUCAAUGCGCUAUCCCUUGCUUCGUCGCUGCUCUCCCCGCCUCCAAGUGCGGUGCCACCGACAUCGCGUGCCAGUGCACCACCGGCCGUCAGCCCCUGCAGGAGUCCCUCAUGGCCUGCGUUCCCACCAAGUGCUCCCAAGAGGACGCUCUUAAGAUCAUCCCUGCCGUCUCUGGCCUCUGUGCCUCCGCUGGUGUCUCUAUCAGCGACAUCCCCACUACCGUUGGCUCCGCCACUGGCAGCGCUGCCGCCACUCCCUCUGGUAGCCCGCAGUCUAACGCCGCUUCCUCUCCUACUCCCUCUGGCGCCAGGCCCACUGUCUCUGGCACCUCGUCGGGCUCCCCUGCCCAAUCCACUGGCGCUGCUUCCGGCAACACCGCUGCCAUUGGUGCUGUCGCCCUUGGUCUCGCCGCUGCUGCCUUUGGCUUGUAA